CUGAGAGCUGCUCUAGCUGUCGCAUGUCGGUGGAGAGAGAUAACAACAUGGCGGAAGAAGAAGAAGGGGAAGCAGGUGGACACCAUGUGCUCCUCUUACCAGGACCAAUGCAAGGCAACGUAAACUCCAUGAUGAAGCUGGCACAGCUUCUAGCUCUGCAUCACUUCCACAUCACCUUUCUCACCACCGAUUUCAUCCACCGCCGCCUCCACCGUUUCGCCGACAUCCACUCUCUUUCACAAACCUACCCCAACCUCGAGGUCAAGUCCAUCUCCGAUGGCCUCCCAGAUGAUCAUCCUCGUUCCGAUAGCAACGCUUUAGCUGACCUCUAUUCUUCAAUGAACUUGCACGCAAAACCUCUCAUCAUAGACAUUAUUCUCUCCCAAACUGCUGCAAAACCCAAAAUCACGUGCCUCAUUGGUGACGGAUUCUUUGGAGGCCUCACUGCUGACGUGGCGGAUGAGGUUGGGAUACCGGUCAUUCAUUUUCGCGCCAUCAGUGCUUCAUGCUUCUGGGCUUUGUUCUGUGCUCCAAAUCUCUUUGAGUCCAAUGAACUUCCAAUCAGAGGAGAGGAAGACAUGGAUCGCAUCAUAGCCACUCUCCCAGGCAUGGAAAACAUUCUCCGAUGUCGAGAUCUUCCAGGUUUCUUUCGAGGAACAGAAACCAACCAAUUAGUAGACCCUUUAAAAUCCACGGUCUUUGACUGCCAUCAAACGCUUCGAGCCCGAGGAGUCAUACUCAACACUUUCGAGGAUCUAGAUGGUCCUCUAUUGACCCAAAUGCGUCUUAAGUUUCUCCGAGUCUUCGCCGUCGGUCCUCUCCAUGCGCACUUGAACUACAGAAGAGUAUCUGACGCGAAAACGACGCCGUCCACGAGUUCUUUCUGGGAAGAGGAUAGAAGUUGCUUGACUUGGCUUGACUCUCAGCCGUUGAAAUCGGUGCUAUAUGUCAGCUUCGGUAGCAUUACUACCGUAACAAGGGAGAGGCUGAUGGAGUUUUGGUACGGUUUGGUGAACAGCAAGAAGAGGUUCUUGUGGGUGAUUCGGCCUGAUAUGGUGGCCGGAGAAGACAACGAUGAGCGGGUAGCGGCUGAGUUGGAGGAAGGGACUAAAGAGAGGGGGUUCAUAGUGGGGUGGGCGCCACAAGAGGAGGUGCUGGCACACAAGGCCAUAGGUGGGUUCUUGACGCACAGUGGGUGGAACUCAACCUUGGAGAGUUUGGUGGCUGGAGUGCCCAUGAUUUGCUGGCCAUACUUUGCGGAUCAGCAGAUUAACAGCAGAUUUGUGAGUGAGGUUUGGAAAGUUGGGUUGGACAUGAAAGAUUUGUGUGAUAGAGACGUUGUAGAGAAGAUGGUAAAUGAUCUGAUGGUUCAUAGGAGGGAGGAGUUUCUGAAAUCAGCUCAAGCAAUGGCUACGUUGGCUGACAAGAGUGUGAGUCCAGGUGGUUCUUCUUACUCCAGUCUCCAUGAUUUGGUUGAAUUCAUUAAAUCAGCUAGCAGGAAAAUUAAUUGACACUACACAAUUCAAGUUUCCUUCUUGUAACCAUGGCUCACAUCCAAUUUUAAUCCUAUGAAACCAGUUGAGGUGUGUCAGUGAGGUGGCCCCUAAUGGUAUCUUAUUAUUUAAGUUCCUUUACUAUUUUCACCUAAUAAACGCAGCUUUUCUUU